AUGGCCAGCUACAAUAACUCUCAUGACGAUGACGAUAUCUUCCAGCAACCUUUGUGGAAAAAUCUGAAUAUUCUCUGCGUGGUCAUCCAUAGCAUUGCCUUCGUGCUGGGGGUCAUUGGAAACGGGCUCAUCAUUUUCAUCACUGGCUUCCGUAUGAAGAAGACGGUCAACAUCAUCUGGUUCCUCAACCUGGCCAUUGCCGACUUCACCUUCACCUUCUUCCUGCCCCUGCGCAUUACUUACCUAGCUAUGAGCCUUCACUGGCCCUUUGGGGAGGCCAUGUGCAAGUUAAACAGCAGCUUGGCCUUCGUCAACUUUUACGCCAGCAUCUACCUCCUCAUGGUCAUCAGCAUCGAUCGCUGUAUUUCCGUGUUAUGUCCUGCGUGGGCUCAGAAUCACCGGAACCCCCGAUGUGCUUCCUUCGUGGCUCUCGGGGUCUGGAUUCUGGCCCUCGUGUUGAGUUCACCAGAGAUCCAUUUUAAAAAGACCACAGAGGAUAAUAAUCAGACCUACUGCUAUAGCCACUAUAGCCAUGAUGAGAAACAGGCAGAAGUCACCUUCCGUGACAUUAUUAUCAGCCGUUUCAUCUUUGCCUUUGCGAUCCCCUUUCUAGUUAUCCUUAUUUGCUAUGGGACGAUCGUUCUGCGGCUGAGGAGGGUCCGCUCGGUGCAGUCAAGCAAGCCUUUCAAGGUCAUCACUGCAGUGAUUGUGGCUUUUUUCAUCUGCUGGCUCCCCUACCAUGUUUUCUCUUUCCUGGAGCUUCAGUUUCACAAGGACCCCACACAGAAGUGGAUACCCCUUAUCGGUGUUCCUUUGGCUACCAGCCUGGGUGUCAUGAACAGCUGCCUGAAUCCCAUCCUGUAUGUCUUCAUGGGGCAUGAUUUCAAGGAAAGGCUGAAACACUCCAUCCUUGCUGCAUUUGAGACUGUCUUUGCUGAGAACGGAAGGCACAACACAACACAAACUAAGGCCAAAUCUUCAGUGGACUUGGACGCUCAAGACUUAUAA